AUGGAAGAGAUAUCAACCAUCCCAUCAACAUCAUCGUCGUCCAAAAAGACAAGAAUCUUUGUCAACUUUAAAGAACAAGAACAAGCCGUUUGCUGGUACGGAACAUCAACACCUUCCAAGACAAUCGAAGAUGCCAUCCGAACCGUGUUUGAUCUCCCAAGUGACUGUCGUCUCUUUUUAAAAGAUGAAGAUGACGAUGUCGUAGCUAUUGCCAGUACACUUCCAUUUGGUGCCAAGUUUAAUCUUUUUGUUCAACCAUUACCAAAUGCCAACAAUAUCAUUAAUAAUAUUAAUAAUAAUACAAACAGACAACAACAACAAAAUGAAAUGGCAGAAGAAUCAAAAGGAUCCAUCAAAUUACAAUCACACCAACUCUUGGAAUCACCAAUUCUUGAAGAUGCCAAUUCUUCAUCACCCACAGACAGCAACCGCACCACUAGCAACUCUUCACCACAAUCACUUUCCUCUCCAACCUCUUCAUCCCCUUUACCACCAAUGUCAUUGACCAAUAGUAUUGAUAGUUUGCUUUUACAACAACCACAGUCAUCAUCACCCCAAGAAAAUGAUGAUAAUACUUAUAUCUUGGAAAUCAAGCAAAAAGAGUUGUCCAACCCCAACAACAACAUGAACAAAUUGUCAACCACUGCUCCAUCCACAUCAGUUGUUGAUGAAGAUGAUGAAGAGAGAAAGAAGAGAAAGAGAAGAAAAGCCAUUGAGAUUAACCGUAGUUACCGUUGUUCCAUGGCCAAUUGUCAAAAGGUAUAUGGUUCUGAAAACGCACUAAAGAUGCACAUCAAGCUCAAACACCCAGAAUAUUCAUACAUUAUGAUGCAAACACCCAUCCCACAAAAGUCACCAAUCGUCAAUACCAUCAAUGGUGCCAACCAUCAUAGUCAUCAUCACCAUCAUUCCAGUUCUAGUUCUAAUUCAUCAUCACCAUCAUCCAAUACAAACACUUCCAACAAUCAUAACCAUUCCCUAUCACACAUUGUAAAUCAUAACAACAACACAAACAACAAUAUCAACUCAUUUACUAAUAACAACAACAAUAACAAUAACAACAAUAACAAUAGUAAUAAUAAUAUUAGUUCCAAGAUUUUAACAUCAUUGUUGGUUCCACAACAAAAUGGUGGUGGAAACAAUAAUGGUAUGAAUAUUUCCAAAAACUUGUUUACUAGUUUACUUAGUCAUCCAGACUUGAAUCAUGACCUUUUCCGUAAACAUCUUAAACAAUUGGGACCUGAUCAUUUACAACAAUUCACCAAUAUGCUCAAUUCUCAAAUCAACGGUGGUUCUGCUGCUCCUGCUGCCACUGCUUCUGCUGAUUCUCAACAACAAUCUCAACAAUCACCAACUUCAUCAUCAUCACCAUCCGCACCAUCCACACCAACUUCUUCACCUGUUCCACCUAAAAUCCCAUCCAUUUCACUAUCUGCUCAAAUGGUAGAUUCUGUCAUUAACAGACAUCUCAGUUCUCAACAAAACAAUCCAUUGAAACGUAGUAGAGACAACCAUUUUGCAGAAAACGAUGAAGAAGAAAUUAUUUCAAACAACAAUAAUAAUAACAAUACCAACAAAAUAUCAUUACCACCUAUGAACAGUAGUAAUAAUAAUAAUAAUAAUAAUAAUAAUCGUACCAAAUCAAAUGACGAUAGAGGCAAUUUAUCAUUUUUAGUACAACCUGAAAUCAUUUCAAACAACAAUAAUAAUAGAAAUAAUAAUCAAAAUAAUAAUAAUAAUAGUGAUCACCAUAGAAAUUAUACAGAGGCUGCUCUUUUAAUAGGAUUAAUGAGCAAUGCUGAUAAAUAA